AUGGAGUUUACUUGGAGAGUUAAUUCUCCAUACAUCUCUUUCUUUUCAGGUGUUACAGCACUGUGGUGCGCUGUUCGAAAAAGACAUGUAGAUGGUGUUAUGAUGCUGUUGUACAGAGGUGCUAACGUUAAUACUCAAACACGGGAGUUUGGCACUACUCUGCUUCACAAUGCGGUAGAAUAUAAAAAUAUGAAAAUUGUUGACUUACUAUUAAAUUAUGGAGCUAACAUUAAUGCUAGUAAAAAGUCAGGUGUUACACCACUGUAUCUUGCUGUUGAUAAAAGACAUGUAGACGGUGUUGCGAUGUUGUUAGACAGAGGUGCUAACAUUAAUGCUGUACCAUAUAACAAUUAUUGGUUGUACUUUUCUGAACACUGGUAUUGGAUACAAGUUGCUGAGAUUCUUAAACAGCAUAUAGUUAAGAUGAAAACUGCAAAUUUAUUUGUAAGUGAACAAAUAUUAUCAAUGUGCAGCAAUUAUGAAAAAAGAGAUUUACAGGAUAAAUGUGAAAAAGAAGUAGCUAUCAUGAAGAAUGAGAAAAUUAGUAAUACUAACAUAUCAUUUUACGAUAUCUUGAUAAAAGAUACAAAUCUAGUAGCAAUAUACAUGAGUAAUGAAAAUGUAGUGCAGGUUUUAAGAUCAGACGAGUAUAAGACAAAAUUUCCAAUAUACUCUAGCAUGAUAAAAAAUCAGUUCAGAAAAGGUAUGAAAAAGAAAGAGUUGCUCGAACAAGGCACUGAAAUUUUCUAUUUGUUGUUUAACUUUCCUAAGUUACCACUUGGGUGUAUUGAACAAAUAUUUAGUUACUUAAGUGAUAAUGACAUAAGAAUUUUAAUAGAUACUUUUAAGUCCCCUAACAGCACUGAUAUAUUCUGA